AUGUCUUCAUCAAAAUUUAAAGUCUCUAAUGAAAUUAAAAAAAGAGGAAAUUACAAACCACGAAUAAAAGUAAAGUUAAAUUCGCACCUUCUUUUGACAGAAGAAAAUCAAGCUAAACUUAAAGAUUUGCUAGAUAGUGGUGCACCCGGUGUAGUUGAAAUAGAAUGGGAUUUAUCCAACAAAGAUCAAGUUGUAAGUCGAGACCAAUUUCUUCAAAAGAAUAAUCUUAAUAUCGAUCAUGAUGAUGUACAUUGUAAAUGGUCUAUCCGGCAUUCAAGUAAAACAUUAAUUGUCAAACAAUGUACAUGUGGAAGCUAUCAUAAAAAGACAGUUGUACCUGGUUCUCGAGUUCCAACAGCGCAUUAUCCCUACAUAGGGUGUCUUGUAUUUGUUACAAUUUCUCUUCGUAAUAAUGAAAUUUGUAGUAUUGCAGGAUACUUGGAACAUUCUGAACAAUGUGUGAUUUCUCAACCACAACAUGACCCACCAUAUCAACUUUUACUAUAUGUAAGAAGAAGUGUUGAAAAUUUAUUAAGUCUUAAUGUAAAAACUUCAGAUAUUCUUGCUCAAAACGCGAGAAUCGUGAAAAAUGUGUUUGGAAAUCAUACCUUGAUUGGAAACUCCAGAGUAUUGCUUACUGCAAUGGAUAUUACGAAUAUUAAGAAACAAAUGCUACAGACAAGCUGGAAUAUAAAUAUUAGGCAUGAUGUGGCAAAAAACUUGGAUCAUUUGCUUGGACCGAAUGCAGACCCAUCUGAGCUCAAGGAUGCAUAA